GUCGAAUCUUCAAUGUUUCAAGUGCUAAUUUUUAUGGAUUUUUGUGAAUAAAAAUUUUGAUGUUUAUGUAGUCAGUGUAUACUGUAUGCAGGAGUUUAAUUUAAUGUUAUAAUCCUACUCUCAAAGAUGUGGCACGAAGCUAGAAAGCAAGAGCGAUUAAUUCGCGGAAUGAUAGUUGACUAUCGUCGACGCGCAGAACGCAGAAAAGAUUUUUAUGAAAAAAUCAAAGCGGAGCCGACACAAUUUCUCCAAUUGCAUGGCAGACAAUGUAAAAUUCAUCUAGAUCCAGCCGUUGCUGCGGCGGGUGAAGGUCCGGCUAUAAUGAUGCCAUGGCAAGGAGAUCAAAACAAUAUGAUUGAUCGUUUUGAUGUUCGAGCUCAUUUGGACUACAUACCCGAGGUCAAGGCCCCUGAUAUACCACCAGAAGAGUUAAACACAGAAGAAAGACAAUGCAAUUACGAAAGAUACAGAAUACUUGCUCAAAAUGUCUUUCUGGGGAUAAGUGAAGACAAGUUCCUUCAACAAUUGGCCAUAGAAGAGCAGUUUGGUGUCACCAUAGAAGAGAAGGAAAUGCAAAAAGAGAAGUUGAGUGAAAAGAAGGGCACCGGUGUUGCCAUAGGAUACAAUUAUAAUGAUCCAACGGCUCAGCCUUCCAGUAUUACCGGAUCUGAACCUAAAAAAGUUGAAGCGAAGGACUCUGAUGAUGAUUCCGAUUUGGAGAUUAUUGAUGUGGACCUAAGUAUUGAUGUCAACAAGAUGGAAGCUCAACAGGCACACGAGCUAAAUGCUGUCGGACCACAGUUUGGAAUGGCCGGAUGUGACUUGUUCUCGUUUCUGACGGGAGAUGCGGAUGAUGCAGAACACCAAAAACAGCUGAUGCGGGAAGAAAAGGAGAAGGCAAUGUUUUCUGGUCGAAAGAGCAGGAGGGAAAGACGCGCGCAUCGCGACAAGAAGUUAGCGACUCGCGCGGUAUCGCCUCCGAGCUACGCGGCGCCGGUCGAGCGCGCGCCGUCCCGUUCACCGUCACGUUCACCGGACCGCUCGCCGACGCCCGAUGCCGCACCCACAUUCAUCACAUCUUUCGGCCCCGAAGAUGAAGUCAAACCAAGUCUUCCACCGAGGCCGCUGUAUGCUGACAAAUUAAAGUUAAAUUUGAAAAAGAAUCUAUUGUAUUCAGAAGUCGCAAAGACACCUAAAAAGUCAACUGAAACCCGUCGACCUCAAAUAGGUCCUCGGAUGCCAGGGUCUCGAUCGAGGUCACUGUCGAGGUCAAGUUCCCGUUCCCGGUCGAGGUCACCCGUGAACUCCUGGAGGAAGUCCCGGUCUGCCUCGAGGUCGAAAUCUCGGUCCAGGUCGUCGAGGUCACGGUCACGCAGCCCGUACCGAAGGUCGAGGUCACGGUCACGAUCGAGGUCAAGGUCUCGGUCGAGGUCGCGGUCACGAUCGAGGUCACGUAUAUACGGAAGCCGUCGGUCUAGAAGCCCCGCAAACCAUGGAAGUGGGUAUUCCAACCGCCAUAGGUCCAGAUCAAAGUCUUAUGACAGCAGUGAACGCAAUACGCAAAGUAAGCCGGCCCUGCCCCGCUACUACGGCCGCCGUAAAGAGGACAAAUCGUCCAGUGAACUGUCACUUGAUUCCGAUUCUAGCGACUCUGCCGACAAUGAGAAAAAUAAGUCAUCGGUGGGCACUAAAUCCCAUUCAAACCAGAGUCAUUACCGAUCUGGAGCCAGCUCCAAAGGUCCGUCUAGAGAAACUCUCACAAUGAAAGAGAGACUUAAAAAGAAAAUGCAGGCUCAGUUGGCGAAACAAUUGCGUGCGGACAAGCGGGCGGAGGCGGCGCGGCUGGAGCGCGAGCGCGGGCGGCAGGCGCGACGGGACGAGGAGAUGAGGGAACUGGCCAUCAAGCUGCGACGCAGGCAACGCGAGAUGCGACACCAGCAAUACCGACGAUCCAGCGACGACGACUCCGACAGCCGCAGCGGAUCCUCGUCCAGACACUCGCCAGUAUCAGAGAAGAAACGCGAUCGGAGCGUGUCCAAGAGCAAAAGCCCUGAACCGAGGCCACCGCCAAAAGAACCGUCCCCAUACAAGUACAGGGAAGAACCUCACAUGAGGCGCAGAAACGACGAACCCUACUAUAGAGACGAAAGGUGUGACGAAGACAGAGGUCAGAAUCACCAAAAUUAUCAGAAACAGGAAAGAAGAGACUAUAGAAACUUUGAGAACCCCCGGCAAGAUGACAGGUAUGAGGAGAGGCAACCCGGGCCUAGCUGGAGAAAGCCCGAUCAAAGGUAUAAACCUCAGGGGUCUAGAUUUGAUCAAGGGUCCAGAUUUGACCAGGGAUCAAGAUUUGACCAAGGCGCCAGAUUUGAUCAAGGAUCCAGAUUUGACCAAGGCUCCCGAUUUGAUCAAGGAUCCCGAUUUGAUCAAGGCUCCAGAUUUGAUCAGGGAUCCAGGUUUGACUCUCAGGGGUCUAGAUUUGACCAAAGCUUUAGAUUUGAUCAAGGCUCCCGAUUUGAUCAGGGAUCUAGGUUUGACUCUCAGGGGUCUAGAUUUGAUCAAGGAUCCAGAUAUAACCAAGCGCCCAGACACGAGCAAGGGUCUAGAUUUGACCAGGGUUCCAGAUUUGACCAAGGGUCUAAAUACAACGAUGAUGGGCCUCCAGGUUGGCCGAGGGAUUCGCAAGAGAGAGAAAGCGGUAGCUCUAAAAAAGUCAAAUUAGUAGAUUAUUAAUAAUUUAUAAAGUUUUCCAACUUACUAAUGAAAAUAUUUACACGGCCAAUGUACAAGUUUGCUUGUCUCUAUCUGUCAUAUUGAAAAUAUUACAUCUUACAUGACGGAUAAAGAUAGUAAAUUUUGAAUAUAUAGUCUGUCAAGAAAGUGAAAAAAUUAAAAAGUGGUAAC